AUGGUACGUAAAAAGAUUGACAACCGCUUGCGGAUCCUCAUAGAAAAUGGAGUGGCAGAAAAGCAUCGUUCUAUGUUUGUGGUUGUUGGUGACCAUGGCCGAGAUCAGAUUGUAAUACUUCACCACAUGUUGUCUAAAGCUGUAGUUAAGACCAGACCAACUGUUCUAUGGUGUUACAAGAAGGAACUAGGAUUUAGCAGUCACAGAAAAAAGAGGAUGAAACAGAUACAGAGGAAGAUUCGGAGUGGGAAACUUGACGUAAAGGAAGAUGAUCCAUUUGAGCUAUUUGUGUCUUCUACAAACAUUCGUUACUGUUACUAUGCUGAGACACACAAGAUACUGGGAAGUACAUAUGGGAUGUGCAUUUUACAGGAUUUUGAAGCCCUCACACCAAACCUGCUGGCAAGGACAGUGGAGACAGUAGAAGGGGGUGGGGCUGUUGUUAUCCUGCUGCGGACCAUGAAAUCUCUCAAGAAGCUUUACACAAUGACAAUGGAUGUACACUCAAGAUACAGGACGGAGUCCCACCAGGAUGUUGUCGGAAGAUUCAAUGAAAGGUUUCUGUUGUCAAUGUCAUCCUGUAAGAACUGUAUGGUGAUCGACGACCAGUUCAACCUCCUUCCACUUUCAUCUCACAUAGUCAACAUACAACCUGUGCCUUCUAAAUCACUGGAAGAUGAAGUGUCCCCAGAGCUGCAGGAGUUACGCACCCUUAAGGAAUCGUUACAGGACACACAGCCCGUCGGGGCUUUGGUUAACACAUGUAAAACCCUGGACCAGGGAAAGGCAUUGUUAAAGUUUGUUGAAGCCAUUUCUGAAAAGACAUUACGAAGCACAGUUGUAAUGACUGCAGCACGAGGGAGAGGGAAGUCUGCAGCACUAGGGCUGGCUAUAUCAACUGCAGUAGGAUUUGGGUAUUCAAAUAUUUUUGUUACGGCGCCAAGUCCAGAAAAUCUGAAGACUGUAUUUGAAUUUAUUUUCAAAGGAUUUGAUGCCUUAGAGUAUCAGGAACACUUGGAUUAUGAGAUUAUUCAGUCCACCAAUCCUGAUUUUAACAAAGCCAUUGUUCGGGUAAACAUCUUCAGGGAACAUCGUCAGACAAUACAGUAUAUCCACCCUGGAGAUGCCCAUAAAUUAGGACAGGCGGAGCUGGUCUGUAUUGAUGAGGCUGCAGCCAUUCCUCUGCCGUUAGUAAAGAACCUUCUAGGACCUUACCUGGUCUUCAUGUCCUCAACAAUUAAUGGGUAUGAGGGAACAGGUCGAUCACUGUCACUCAAACUUGUACAACAGCUCCGUCAGCAGUCCGCUACCUAUGGUGGUACAUCAAAGGAACUACAAAAAGCUGCCAACAUGACCUCUAAAGCUGAUUCUGUCUCCUCAGCAUCAGGCCGUGUUUUACACGAGGUGACACUAAAUGAAUCAAUCAGGUAUGCCAACGGUGACCCUGUAGAGAAAUGGCUUAAUGACCUAUUGUGUUUGGAUGCAACCACUGUACCACGGAUAUCGUCGGGUUGCCCUCUCCCUGAAACUUGUGAUCUUUACUACGUCAACAGAGACACCUUGUUCUCCUACCACAAAGCUUCUGAAGCCUUCCUCCACAGAAUCAUGGCCCUUUAUGUGUCUUCUCAUUACAAGAAUACUCCCAAUGAUCUACAGCUGUUGUCUGAUGCCCCAGCUCACCACAUCUUCGCUCUCCUGGGUAGUAUUGACCCAGACCAGUCCUCACUGCCUGAGGUGUUAUGUGUGGUACAGGUAUGUCUAGAGGGAGAAAUAUCUAAAGCCACAAUCCUCAACAGUUUAUCUCGUGGGGAACGGGCCUCAGGAGAUCUCAUUCCAUGGACAGUCUCACAACAGUUUCAAGAUCACGACUUUCCUGGAUUGUCAGGAGGACGAAUUGUUCGGAUAGCCACUCAUCCAGAUUACCAAGGGAUGGGGUAUGGUACGAGGGCAUUGACAUUACUGGAGAAGUACUACGAGGGUAACAUCCCAAACCUGUCAGAAACAGUUAAUGACACAGAAACUGAAAUUUCAACUGUUGGAGAGGAGGAUGUAAAUUUGCUGGAAGAAAGAAUUAAACCUCGGAAAAAUCUGCCACCACUGUUGUUGAAACUGAGUGAAAGAAAACCUGAGAGACUGGAUUACCUGGGUGUUUCUUUUGGACUUACUGCUGAUCUACUCAAGUUUUGGAAGAAAUCAAAGUUCACUCCUGUCUACUUGAGACAGACACCAAAUGAUUUGACAGGGGAACAUUCAUGUAUCAUGCUGAAGAUGUUGAAUGAGACUGAGGAAGAAGAGGACAAGUUGUCAGAUUCAUGGCUUUGUGCCUUCUGGAAAGAUUUUCGGCGACGUUUCGUAUCUCUGAUGUCGUACCAGUUCAAGACCUUUACACCUGCCUUGGCACUGAGUAUUCUUCAACAGAAACACUUCAAAAAGGCUUCCAAAGGUACAAUGUCCAAGAGAGACCUUGACCUCUAUCUUAGUAAAUACGACCUGAAGCGACUUGAGCUGUACUCCCAGAACAUGGUGGACUACCAUCUAGUAAUGGAUCUCCUGCCCACCAUCGCUCGUCUCUUUUUCCUUGACCAGGCCGACAUUCACCUCUCUGCUGUACAGUCGGCUAUCUUGCUGGGCAUGGGACUGCAGCACAAGACAGUAGAUGAGCUAGAAAAAGAUCUGGAUCUCCCAGCCAGUCAGUUGCUGGGACUCUUCAGUAGAGUAAUUCGUAAGAUUGUGCAGAUGUUCAGUGAGAUUGUUGAGACAGACAUUGCUAAAGACAUGGUGGAGAAGAAAGAAAUCACCAUGGAACCUGUCAAACAGACCAUUGAUGAAGAUCUGAAUGAAGGGGCAGAAGAAGAAAAGAAGAAACAACAGAGGAAGGACAUCUCAGUGUUAAAGGAUAUGGACCUUUCAGGGUUUGAGAUCCAGGGAACAGAAGAUGACUGGAAUAAAGCCCUUACUGGAAAGUCUGGGAGAGGACUUGUUAGCAUAAAGAGUGGAUUCAAGAAAAGGAAAAUGGAAGAAGCAAAACAAAAAGAUCAGAAGUCAGUAGACAAUGAGGAUGUACCGGCUGAAUUUAAGAAAAAGAAGAAACAUCACAACAAAAAGUUUCAAAAAUCCUAGAUACAACAUUGUAUGUAAAUCUUAGGUACAAUAUUGUAUGUAAAUCUUAGGUACAACAUUGUAAGUAAAUCUUAGGUACAACAUUGUAUGUAAAUCUUAGAUACAACAUUGUAUGUAAAUCUUAGGUACAACAUUGUAUGUAAAUCUUAGAUACAAAAUUGUAUGUAAAUCUUAGGUACAACAUUGUAUGUAAA